AACGCCUCGAUGCCGAACAGUAACCUGCACGAGAACUUCUGUCGAAACCCCGACAAUCGCCCUGAGGGCCCCUGGUGCUUCACCCAGGACCCGACGGUGCAGAAAGAGGCCUGCAGGGUCCCAACGUGUGGUGAGGACUUUGUCCCGUCAACUGUGCCCCCUGAACAAGUCACAACUGGAGAGUGUUUAACUAACAACGGCAUAGACUACGUGGGCGACGAGCAUGUUACCAUGGGAGGUCACACCUGUCUGCAGUGGUCCUCACCGCGGGUCGCUGCACUCAGCAAAGACAAGGAGUUCAUCCCCGAGGUCACCCUCCAAGGCAACAAGUGCCGUAACCCUGACAACGAUCCAGAGGGCCCCUGGUGCUACGUGGAAAUUUCUGGAAAUGUGACGAUAGACUUCUGUGACCUGGACCUUUGUGAGGAUCAACCGCUCGGCCAAGAGUCGACGUCACAGACCGAAGGCCGGGAACGUUCCGUCUUAGGUCAAAACCGGAGAACAAUAUUCAAUGUUCGCACCUUCGGAAAUGGAGAAAAUGAGUGUGGACAGCGCCCCCUGUUUGAAAAGAAGGGUAUAAAGGAUAAAAAGGAAGAGGAGCUGUUGGAGUCGUACAGAGACAAACGCAUCGUUGGGGGCGACGAAGCCGAGCUGGGCUCAGCGCCAUGGCAGGUGAUGCUCUUCAAGCGCAGCCCCCAGGAGCUGUUGUGUGGAGCCAGUCUGAUCAGCGAUCAGUGGAUCCUCACGGCAGCUCACUGCAUCCUCUACCCCCCCUGGAACAAGAACUUCACCAAGGACGACAUCCUGGUCCGCCUCGGAAAACACAGCAGAGCCACGUAUGAGCGCGGCAUUGAGAAGAUCGUGGCCAUUGAUAAAAUCAUCGUCCACCCCAAAUACAACUGGAAGGAAAACCUGAACCGUGACAUCGCCUUGCUGCACAUGAGGCGGCCGGUCCCAUUCACCGACAAGAUCUUCCCCAUCUGCCUGCCCAGCAAGAGGGUCGCCCAGACUCUGCUGUCCGAGGACUAUAAGGGCCGGGUGACAGGUUGGGGGAACCUGCAGGAAACCUGGAACCCGUCGUCCAGAUCUUUACCCGAUUACCUCCAGCAGAUCCAUCUACCGAUCGUGGACCAUGACAUCUGCCGCAGCUCCACAUCAGUCAGGAUCACAAACAACAUGUUCUGUGCUGGUAACAGUCACUUCCUGCAUUUGUUCACAUUCGGAACUUCAGCAUCAAAACACAGUCGAUGAUCAACACAAUGAUUU